AUAGACACACACACACAGAGAUAGAGAUAUAGAGAUACAGGGAGGGAGAUGGCGGGAAAUGAUUGGAUAAACAGUUACUUGGAGGCGAUACUGGAUGUAGGGCCAGGACUAGACGAUGCGAAAACAUCUUUGUUGCUUCGUGAAAGAGGACGAUUCAGUCCAACUCGUUAUUUCGUUGAUAACGUUAUCGGUUUCGAUGAGACUGAUCUUCAUCGCUCCUGGGUUAAAGCACAAGCGACCAGGAGUCCUCAAGAGAGGAACACCAGGCUUGAGAAUAUGUGUUGGAGGAUUUGGAAUUUAGCUCGUCAGAAAAAACAGCUUGAGAAUGAGGAAGCUAAUAGAGCAGCCAAACGUCGUAUUGAGCGUGAAAAGGGUCGCAGAGAAGCGGUUGCUGACAUGUCAGAGGACUUAUCAGAGGGGGAGAAAGGUGAGACCAUUGGUGAUGUAUCUGUUCAUGGUGAUAGCCACAGAGGCCGUUUGCCUAGAAUGAGUUCUGUAGAUGCGAUGGAGGCAUGGGUCAAUCAACAAAAGGGAAAAAAACUGUAUCUUGUAUUGAUAAGCCUUCAUGGGUUAAUACGUGGUGAAAAUAUGGAGCUCGGGCGUGAUUCUGAUACAGGCGGUCAGGUUAAGUAUGUUGUAGAACUUGCAAGAGCUUUAGCUUCAAUGCCAGGUGUCUAUCGGGUCGAUCUGCUUACAAGACAAGUAGCCUGCCCUGAUGUUGACUGGAGUUAUGGUGAACCAACAGAAAUGUUAAAUCCACAUAAUUCUGAUGGUAUGACAGAAGAGCUCGGGGAGAGUAGCGGUGCCUACAUAAUUCGCAUUCCAUUUGGCCCAAAGGACAAAUAUAUCCCCAAAGAGCUUCUUUGGCCCCACAUUCCUGAAUUUGUUGAUGGUGCACUUAGCCACGUAAUACAAAUGUCCAAAGUUUUGGGUGAGCAAAUUGGCGGUGGCCACCCUGUCUGGCCGGUUGCUAUCCAUGGUCAUUAUGCAGAUGCUGGUGACUCAGCGGCUCGUUUAUCUGGUGCUCUAAAUGUACCUAUGCUUUUCACGGGUCACUCACUCGGAAGAGAUAAGUUGGAACAACUUCUUAGACAAGGAAGAUUAACUAAAGAAGAAAUCAAUACUACAUAUAAAAUCAUGCGUAGGAUAGAGGCUGAGGAGGUAAGCCUUGAUUCCUCUGAGGUGGUCAUAACUAGCACCAGACAAGAAAUUGAUGAACAGUGGAGGUUGUAUGAUGGAUUUGACCCGGUGCUAGAGAAGAAACUUCGAGCUAGGAUCAGGCGUAACGUGAGCUGUUAUGGCAGGUUCAUGCCUCGAAUGAAUGUAAUUCCUCCGGGGAUGGAGUUCAAUCAUAUUGUACCACAUGAAGUUGAUAUGGAUGGUGAAACAGAAGGAGGAGAAAAUCAUCAGGCCCCACCUAUCUGGACUGAGAUAAUGCGCUUCUUUACCAACCCACGAAAGCCCAUGAUACUUGCUCUUGCUAGGCCAGAUCCUAAGAAGAACCUUACAACUUUGGUUAAAGCAUUUGGGGAGUGUCGACCGUUAAGAGAGCUUGCUAAUCUUACACUAAUAAUGGGUAACCGAGAUAAUAUCGAUGAGAUGUCAAGCACCAGUGCUUCGAUGCUUCUUUCAAUUAUUAAGAUGAUCGACAAGUAUGAUCUUUACGGUCAAGUGGCAUAUCCUAAACAUCAUAAGCAGAGUGAAGUCGCUGAUAUCUACCGGUUAGCAGCUAAGACUAAGGGUGUUUUUAUAAAUCCGGCUUUCAUAGAGCCAUUUGGACUCACUUUGAUCGAAGCUGCUGCUCAUGGGUUACCAAUGGUUGCAACAAAAAAUGGAGGCCCCGUGGAUAUACAUCGGGUACUUGACAAUGGUCUGCUUAUUGACCCCCAUGAUCAACAGUCAAUUGCAGAUGCUUUGUUAAAGCUUGUUGCAGAUAAGCAGCUGUGGGCCAAAUGCAGGGCAAAUGGACUGAGAAACAUUCAUCUCUUCUCAUGGACCGAACAUUGCAAAACUUAUCUUUCGCGAAUAGCAAGUUGUAAACCAAGGUAUCCUGGGUGGCUAAAAAACGAUGACGAUGAUGAUGAAAAUUCAGAAUCUGACUCACCAAGUGAUUCCUUAAGAGAUAUGCAAGACAUAUCGUUAAAUUUGAAGUGGUCGAUUGACGGUGAUAAAGAAAAUGAUAGUAAUAGUAGUAAAUUAGAGAAUGCUGUUUUGUCAUAUGCAAAAGGUGUCGGUAAAAGUACACAAAGGACAGUUUCAGGAGAGAAACAUGAACAACUUAAAUUCCCAGCAUUGAGGAGAAGAACACAUAUCUUUGUUGUUGCUAUUGAUGAUGAUGAUAUCGGAUCUCUUUUUGAUAAUAUAAAGAAAAUAUUUGAGGCUGUAGAGAAGGAAAAGAUGGAAGGUUCUAUUGGAUUUAUACUUGCGACAUCCUUACGAAUGGCUGAAAUUCAUUCUUUUUUGGUCUCAAAGGGCGUGAAUCCUUCAGAUUUUGAUGCUUUCAUUUGCAAUAGUGGUGCUGAUCUUUACUAUUCGUCUUCGCAUUCUGAAGAUAACCCGUUUGUGUUUGAUUUGUAUUACCAUUCACACAUAGAAUAUCGUUGGGGUGGUGAAGGGCUGAGGAAGACUUUGGUGAAGUGGGCAUCUUCUAUAAUUGACAAAAAGGCCGUGAAUAAAAAUGAAGAGCAUGUUGUUACAGAAGAUGAAGAAGUUACUACAAAUUAUUGUUAUGCUUUCAAUAUUCAUAAGCCGGGACUGGUACCUCCUGUUAAGGAACUUCGGAAGUUAAUGAGGAUUCAAGCUCUUCGUUGCCAUGUAAUUUAUUGCCAAAACGGUAGAAAGAUAAAUGUUAUCCCAGUGUCGGCAUCUCGUUCUCAAGCCCUCAGGUACUUGUAUCUAAGGUGGGGUAUGGACUUGUCAAAGGUGGUAGUUUUUGUUGGAGAAAGUGGCGACACAGAUUAUGAAGGAUUUCUGGGCGGUGUUCACAAAACAGUUAUACUGAAGGGAAUAGGCAUCAGUACCACCAAUCAACUUCAUGCUAACAGAGUCUACCCACUUACAGACGUCACACCUACAGAGAGCACCAAUAUCAUUCAGACAACUGAAGAAUGUAGCAGUGCUGAUAUCCGUGCUUCCUUAGGAACACUUGGAGUUCUCAAGUCAUAAGUAAUUAAAAUUGUUGUCCCUCCCAUUCAACACUAUACACUUCCAGGUGAAGUGUGUUUCGUUAUCUUUUUGCUACUAGUAAAUCUGCAUUUGCAUGAAUGCUUAUUCAUGAUGCUAUAAUACCAUAAUUUGUACAGAAAGUUGAUAUAAAUGAGGGGAUUGUAUUCCCCCCUUCAGGCCA